AUGUUUAAGUGUGGAUAUUAUCUCAAAGGACUACAGACAUUUGAACAUGUUACAGACCACCGCCCACUCAUCUCCAUACUUAACAGCUAUACAUUGGAUGCAGUUGAAAAUCCAAGGCUACAACGGCUGAAAGAAAAACUGUCACCAUUCAUCUUCACUGCUCGUUGGCGUGCCGGCAAGCAACUCUGUAUUCCCGAUGCCUUGUCCCGCCACCCUGUCAGCAGCCCUACAGAUGAAGCCAACAUGUUAGUUGACGUCUCAGCUCAUGAGGCUGUCGCUGUGCGAGCGAUACAUUCCCUCGCCUCACCUGAUGACUCACAGCCAGCCACAACAGAUGUCCAACUCGAGGAACUCCAGCGAGCGGCAUGCACCGAUGAGACCUACAUCAGACUCCUGCACUGUGUACGCAACGGGUUUCCCAGUCAUCGUUAUGACCUACACACCACUCUACUCGACUACUGGAAGAUACGCGAUGAGCUGUACUGUGAUGGCGAUCUGGUCCUUUACGGUCCACGCAUCGUAGUACCAGUAGCGUCCCGCAAGUUAGUGUUGCGACGCCUGCAUGAUAGCCAUUGCAGAGCUGAGGACACCAAGCGCCGAGCUCAGCAAACAAUGUUUUGGCCCGGGAUCAACGAGGACAUCACCAAUGUUGUUCGUGCCUGUGACGCCUGCCAGACGCUCCUUCCCAGUCAACAGUGUACAGGAAUGAUGACAAGCUGA